AGUUUAAUAAUGUACAGUCAAGCUGACGCAUUAGGUUAGAAUGUGAAAAUUGUACCUUGUAUUUAAACGAGUCUGCGUCUCGAAAAUUAGCAUUUGUACAAAGCAAAGAUCGAUACUCUAUAGAAAGUAUAGCGACUGAAUUCUAUUGAAAUCCACUGGGUUUUAUCAAUCGUGAUUUUGAUGCAUUGAAAAGGAACGAGGUUCAUUAAUAUUUCGCUAGGACCUAGUAGUAUGAAGAUUCUUGAGUGUGGUUAAAAGUAUAUAUCUAUUCAGUCUCAAAUUUUCGUUUUGUAACACAAGUGUUGAUCUUAAGCAGACAAUAUGGAAUUGGAGCCGCAUAUGCAUUUUAAAAUGGUGAACAUUGGAAACACGUCCGAGAUGCCAAAGACCAUUACAGUAUUCGGUGCCACAGGCCAUCAGGGCGGGGCUGUUGCGCGCGCAUUAGCACGAGAUCCCGCGAAUUUCGUGGUGCGCGGGAUUACGCGAGAUGUCCAACAGGACGUGAAAAUUGACGAUUUGAAAAACAGCGGCGUCACGGUGCUUCAAUGUGAUCUUGACAACGUGAACAGUAUUAAAAUGGCGCUUAACGACUCCGAUGGUUGUUUCGUGGUGACAUACACUGACUUUAACGAACCAGACUGUAUAGAAAAGGAAAAACGACGAGGAAAAAAUAUCGCUGACGCAUGCGCUCUAGCGAAAAUUCCUCAUGUGGUAUAUAGUACUCAGUUGCACACAACACGUGUAAAAGGUAUCGAAGUUCGCCAUCUAGUCGCCAAAGCAGAAAUUGAAGACUAUUUCAAAUCCAUUGGACUUCCGCUUACGUGUUUUCUGGUUCCCUGUUAUUACGAGAAUUUCUACGACUUCCUUAAGCCACGCCGGGUUCAAGGAAACAACUGUGUAUUAGAAAUCCCAAUGGGAGAGACGCCUCUAGACUUGAUCAGCGUUGAAGACAUAGGGGAGGUUGCCAGAACGGUGUUCUGUAACACACCAUCCUACCUAGACAAGACCCUGUCGCUGUGCGGAGAAAAAAUCACCAUACGCGAAAUCGCGGCGGAACUGACCCGAGCUCUGCCGCCAAUGUUGUUCAAGGACAAACCCAUUACGGUUAACGAUUACAAGAAACUGGGCCAGCCUUGGUCAGUUGACUUCGGCAACAUGUUCGAGUUCUUCGUGCGGAAGGACCAGCGGUACCAGCUGCAGCACACGCAAGAGAUCCACCCGGGGGUCCAGAGCUUCCGGGAUUGGGCGCAGCGCAACGCGCGACGCCUUGCUGACAGCUUUAGCAAAAUUUGAAUGAGGACUUUCAGCCGAUUAAUGGAUUAAUUUUCCAAACACCCCACGGUGGUCUUGACAGUUGUGGAAUUUAUCAGCGCAUUGUGGAGACAUGUUGUCUGGAAAGUGUGCGCAUUCUUAAUCUGUGUUGUAUUGUUAGGAUUCACAAAAUAUUCAAGACAUGUCUUCAGUUCAAGUAAAUAGCGAAACACAUCUGUAAAUUAGUUUGAAACAUACUAUGUAAUUCGUGACAACGUUAUUUGUAUACGAUAUUUUGAACACACUACUUUUGUCAGGUAAACUUAUUUGUAUAAGCAUUUUUGGUUUCGUUUUCAUCUGUUUUAUGUUAGAUGAUUACUUAUUGAUAACUUUACAUCGAUCACGAGCUCCUUUCUCUUAUCUGCUGAUAAAUAGAUUCUCAAACCGUGCAGCAACGUAAAACAAUGCGCUCUACACGUGACAGAUAAAAGAUCCAUAGAAAAACAUAUUUCUUUCUCGCGUACCUACCUUGGUCGAGAAAAUGAGGAUUUAAAACGUCAAUUUGAAUAUAAAGUAUUUUAAGCUUACAACGUAUGUAAUUGAGAAGCUACUUGGUCUGCUAUCCCUUUUCAGUAUUUGAGUCUCGUUCUAGGAAAACCAGGCUAAGUUCAUGUGCUAAAGUGUAAUCAAAGAUUAGCCUGUGUACCGCACCGGCUUUCGGGCACGCCAUUUUCCGCUUGUACUGGCUUUUCGCUACACGUGAAUGAAAGUUUCAAUAAAAGCGGGAAGUGUCGUCCCUGAUAAGCCCUCAUGGACUGCAGAGGCUAAUCUGGGAUGAGAAUUUACGCACAUGCAUUAAGCCCGGUUUUCCCAGAACGAGUCGCAUAUUAAUCUUCGGUGCUUUGGUCUUCUUUGAAUGAUUAGUUUGCUUAUCAGUAUUAAUGUGUCCAUCUUGUUUGUCAGUACCGCUAUAAUCAGUGUUUUCUUACAAAUGCAUAACAUCGUAAUUUACGUAAAUAUUCACAUAUAUUUAUAAAUUUUGAGCACACAUAUUAAGUGCCUAUAUUGGUUGUUACAAUAAAAAAAUCACUGCCAA